UUUAUGAUGAGGCGCUCUGACUGAGGAUAAUCGCAGGUGGUUAAAGGGUGACAAUCUGCCGACAAGAGGCGACAGGAGCAGGUGUCGAUCCGUGUCUGACCGAGCUUUCAUCUGAAGCAAAUUUAUGGUACAACCGCCUCGCCUGGAUCUUGGUUUUCGCAUUUAUCCCCUCCUCCCCUCCUCCCUCCAUAAUAAUUCAUGAUGCGGUCGUUGGUUCGGUUCGUCUCCAGUUGCGCUCUCCUCAUCCUCCUCUGCACGCUCAGGCUGAUUGACGGGGAUAAAGGACAGCGGCAGUGUAGCGAGGUGAGAGAUGCCACAAUCGACCUGAAAUGGUUCAAUCCAAAUGUCUCCUCACUGCUUAGUUUAUAUGAGCACUGAUAAGGACUGUAUGACUGUGAUUUGGCUGCAAUGAAUUCACUGAUAAAGAGAUAAUCUGAUCAAAUAUGUUGAGUAUUGAUGACAUAUUUCUGAGCCGAUACGUUGUUGAAUAUAAAUAUCAUACCCUCACAAUAAGUGGCAGCAGUUUGUUUUCUCUGAAAGGAAAAAAAAUGUAAACAACAUGGAGGAGCAUGAAUCACUAAUGAGGUCUGGUGUGUGUUAAACUUCACCAGUCAGUGUUGUCCAGGCUGUUAUCAGUUUCCUGCAUGGACUAGCUUUUCCUUCCCUCUGUUCAGACUCUACUCAACACCUCCUUGGCUGACAGCAGAGUCACAAGCUGACUGUCCUGAAGUAGUGGAGCUACAUUCCUAAAUUAUUGGCACAAUCUUUGUAUUCAUACUGGCAAAGAAAUUUGAGUAGCUUCCAGGUUAAGGCGUGUCUUAUGCUAAAUUAAUUUGCUGCAAGAGGAUAACAAAAGCAACCACAGAGGUAAUUGGGUGCUGCUGUGUUACACCAGUAACUCCAGUAGUCAUCCUUUGUCUUUUUACUGUUUGAUUAACAAAUAAAAGUCAGGCAGGCUGUGAUCUGUAUCUCAGAAAACAACUGGUUGCUGCACAUCUAAGUAAGAGGUUGUCAAAGCUUUCCAUACUUUUAACCAUUUGAAUACAAUAUUUCUCCCCUCCAUAAUUUAUGUGUUUGUGUACUUGCACCAUGAAAAGGUUGGAGGAGAACAGAUCAACAGAUUAGGAUAAUAAUUGUGCUAGUUAACUGGGUGUAAAAUCACACAAAAUGCACCCCAGAUUAGAAAGUCUAUGGCUUUAUCAUUGUGUGAAUGUAACAGUCACAACAGAUAAUGAAGUGCAGCAGAGUUCAGUAGAAAACCAUAAAUUCAUCAUGUCUUGCAUCACUGCUGCUGUGAGGUUAAAGCAAUGAGUCUAAUUUUGUUCUCAUCUCAGCCUCCUCUCUCUUGCCAUGUAUAAUCCGUGUAAUUCUGCAUUGUCACAAACCCAUAGACAGCCGUGAAAUCGUUCCACGCACAAUAGCCGGCAUGCACUGCGGUGUUAAAAUCUGGUUUGGCUCGAAGAGCAAUAUUAUAUAAAUUGUCAGAAAUGAGGCCGCCUCUUCUCUAAACCGAAAGAAUGGGAAGAAGCUCAGAGGAAGUGGAAACAUUAAAAAAAAAAUGAUUUCACUUCAGGAUUACAGAUUAAAAUACUCUCAGACGACAACAUUGUAUAAAAUGGUCAAAUGGUCCUUCUGAAAGUGUAGAAAACUAAAGCUGCUGGUAAAAAGCCUCUGCUUGUUACCAGCAGCCCACUGCUUCUAUCACCCUCUGUUCCCAUCGCCGUGGAGAUGGUAUGUUGUGUAUCCGGGGAACCAGAGUGGCUGUGGCCCGAGAGAUAACAAGCGGUCAUGCUUGGAGCAGCUGGAAAUGGAAGUUAAUUUCAGCCUUGGUGGCAGCAUUCAUUUACUGCUCUGAUUAGUAAAACACGCUCACCAAGAAUGUCAUGAUGCACACCCAGGCCUCUCAUAUCUGAGGUUUACUCACCUUUCUUUAUUUGUGUGCGUGUCAUGUAUUAUUUGCAGACGGACUACUACUAUCAGUACACAGAAUGUGAUAGCACGGGAUCUCGUUGGAGAGUGGCCAUCCCACAAACCCCUGGGGCCUGCACUGGACUGCCAGAGCCAGUACGAGGCACUGAAUGCAGUAAGUCUGUAUGUGUAAGAGAGUGAUUGUUGAUGUGUGUAUCUCACUUUCUUAUCAGUGGCUUGGAAUUUCAAGCCCAGCAGACUGACUGAUCCUGUUUGGGUACACUUGGAUACACAAUCACAAAAUGAGCCUCUGCUGCAUAGCUAGAUCAUUAAGAGCCAUGUUGGACUAAUAGUGAAGUCAAGCAGAGGGAUUUUAAAUACUCACCUCUGUCACCAUGAAGAAGCUUGCUCAGUGAGCUUUGGGAUUUUACACUCACAAGAUAAAAAGAUUGAACAUCUGUUUAUGCUGCUGUUAAGGAGACAAAGUUAGUCAGAGGCCCAAAUAAUCACAGGUUACUAUGGAAACCACUCUGCUAAUGUACAGCUGGUAAAGGACAAGAGCAAUAGAACCAAGAGGAUGGGCUUUUAACGUGUAGAAGUGCACUUAUGUUUAAAAAGGUGGACAGACUAGUUGUCCAUUGUCAGAGGUCCCCACAAAGGGUUCAUCAUACGCUGUUGCAACACCCCUUCACUUAUGGCCAGAGUCAAGCAUGGUGUCAAGAGGGAAAUUUGAACAAAUAUGAAAGAUAUGCAUCCUUAUAAAACCUCGCUACCUUCGGGAUUAUCAGGGGUGAAAUCUUUGUAAAAGGUUGUGAAAUUGAUUCUGCCACCUGAAAGUAUGUAUGCAUGAUAAUGGCCAGCUUGUGCUUUCUGACAAAGAUAUUUUUUAAAGUAUCUCAUUAUAGCAAAUGAGUUUCCUAGACUUUGAAAACAAAUUCCUCCACUUUCCUAUUGUCGUGUUACACAAUAUAUGAUACUGCUAGAUAGACACCUUUUGUUCUUUUGACAGUUUUUGUUUCCUUCUUCCUGUUCAGAUUUUUGUAGCUGAAAGGACACCAGACUUUUGUUUCCCCACAGCAAGUGAAUUCCUUGUCGAGGAUAAGAUCACAACUUAUUUUUGCAUCAUACUACAGUGAAAAACCUGUUUUAAUCAACUUAACUGUAAGCAACUAAUAUGGCUCUAAAAGGAGAUUGUCACCACAGCAAAUCACAUCAGAUCACAUCUGGGGGCACUGUCUGUUGUGCCACCUUUCCUCUGAAUUCACUUUAAAAACUGGGUUCUUGUGUACCCUCCUCAUUUGGUGCAGAGAGACGUAAUGGUUCAAUAGAGUAAGUGCUGAUGGAUACAUAGUGGAGCAGGAUGUAUGGGUUAAGUUUAACAAAUAUUUGAGUGCAUACAAAUUUUUUGUUCAUCCUUCCUCUUCAUAUUUCCCCUCGAUAUCCUCCAGCCUUCUCAUGUGAAGCUGGGGAGUUCCUCGAGAUGUCUGCCCAGGAGUGUACCCAAUGUGCGGCAGGAAGCUACUCCCUUGGCAGCGGCAUACGCUUUGACCAGUGGGAUUCCAUGCCAGCUGGAUUCAGUAGCCUGGCAACCUCCCUUGAAAACAAUCCUAGUGGGGUUGACACCGUCACCUGUAACAGGUUUGUAAAUGACACAUGGAAAUAACUGAAACCUGGAAAUUAAUAAAAGAUUAAUCAUGGUUUUUUUUCUUCUUCUGUGAAGUUCCUCCUGGGUGCCUCAAGGAAACUACCUGGAGUCCAACAGGGAUGAGUGCACGGUCUCUCUUAUUUAUGCAGUCCACCUGAAGAAACAGGGCUCUGUCACCUUUGAGUACCAGUACGCAGACAACAACCUGCUGUUUGAGUUUUUUGUGAGUUUCAUCCAUCCAUUCAGGCACUUUAAUCCCUUUACUAUCAAGCAAUGAUAUCGACCACUACGACUUUCUUAAUACCAGUGCAGUCACUUAAUGGUUCUCCCAAAAAGUGCAUUUGGAAAUGGUGAAAAAUCAGCUCUUACGCUACAAGAUGGCAUUCAUAACCUGCGAUGACUGUUGACUCUAUUCUCUCUCUUUUUCUCAAGAAUCUUAAGAGUUAUUCAAUCUGCAGUUUGUUUUUUGAAAGAGCCAGGAUUUGAUGCUGAAUGUCAAAUGUGUUGUGGGUUUAGAUCCAGAAUGACCAGUGCCAGGAGAUGGAUCAGUCCUCUGAUGCCAAGUGGCUCAAACUCACCAAUCAUGGUGAAUGGGCAACACAUACAGUAAGUAUCCUAUGCAAACAAUAGCUAUGCAGAGAGAGAGAGACAGAGCUUUUGGGAGUUUUUUUGGGGUAUAUUAAUGAGUUGACCUCAGGCAGUGAGGAAGGGGUGGAUACAACCAGGAAGCCUGUAAAUACACAGACAAUACGUUCACACCACAAAUGAUUGUCUCCAGUAUUUUUCCAGUCACACAGUAAAAUGAGUCACUGGUUUUUAUUUUUUAAUUUUUGAACAACAGUAGGUUGUUAAAUCUUUAUUACUUUGAAUCUCGUGGAGAUUGUUAAGACACUUUUUGGAGCGUAAGAUAGUUUUUCCCCUUUCUUAUUGCCAAAUUAAGCAGAACAUGUGUAUUUGUGGGAAGAAUGUGGUGCUAUGUAAUUGGGAAUAAACACUGAUCUCACAUGUGCUGUAGGUGAACCUGAAAUCUGGCACCAACAUCCUGUACUGGAGGACAGGUGGAGUCCUGAUGGGGGCCAAGGUGGUGAAGCCUGUUUUACUGAGAAAGGUUCAAAUAGAAGGUAAGAAACAAACAUCUCUAAUGUCCUCCUUCUAGAUGGGAUCAUGUGAUUGAUCAAAAAUGAACCGGAAUAUUUCCUCAUGCUUUGUCUGCCACUUUAUCCACUAGGAGUUGCAUACACGUCAGAGUGUUUUCCAUGCACACCGGGGACCUUCAGCCACAUCCCAGGUUCCUCCAAGUGUGAUCUCUGCCCUCGCAACACCUAUUCAGGUCAUGGUGCCAGCUCCUGCACACCCUGCAACACUACCGCUCUGUAUGCACGUAAGAAGGCCUCUUUGAUGCUCUCCAAAUUAUCUCUACAUGUACAGCAGUCACAGUGUACUAGAGCUGGGCCAGCUUUGCAAAUCGAUAGAAGCUACAACUUUUAAUCUAUCAAUCAAUUCAACUUCAUUUUUAAAGCACUUUUCAUACACCAAAUGAAGCACAAAGCGUUGUUCAUUCAAGCAGGAUAUUAAAAACAAUAAAAUAAAAUAAAGUAAAAUAAAUACAAAUACAGAACCCCACCCACCCUCUCAACCCCCAUUCAACACAUACAGCACUUACAUGUUCACACACACAGAUGCACACAUAAAAGACCAGAUGAGGACUCUGAAGGAAACGCUGGACCUAGGACUAAAGCGAUAAAACCAUGAUAAGAUAUAAUAAAGCUCAUAAAGCGUUAAAAGUUAAUUAAAUAACAGUCUUAAAUUUAAACAAUGAAAGAAAGUGAAUAAAAAAGAGGUAAUAAAACACAAACUAGUCACUUUAGGACUUAAAUAGGAUAAAAAUCACAUAAUGCAGAUUAAGAGUUUAAAACAAAAUUCAAUCUAAAAAAAUCUUGAUUGCUGUUUUCCUGCCCAUCUAUGGCAUUUUAAUCCUGUCAAAUAGAAUGAAAGCUUGAUAAAACAACAGUGAAUUCUUCUUACUUGGCUUGAUACCUGCAGUUUUAAAUCAUUAUGAUACAAACCAGUGGAAAUGUUCUUUGGAGGUGAUUGUGAGAGAGCUAGUGAUUUGUACGCUUGAUUGCUGUGUUUAGAUCUAGUCCAAUGUCAGAACUGUCUGCUGGAGGGCUCAGUACUUUUUCUAUUCUAUUACUAACUACUUAAAAAUCUUGUAACACACACUUAACAGUUGUCACAGACUGAAGUUGUUAUUUUGUCUCAUCCUCAUUUUCCAAAGCGGAGGGAUCACCUGUGUGUAGGGCAAGACCUCCAUGUUCAAAGAAGGACUAUUUCCAGAUCCACACAGCAUGUGACCAAGAUGGCAAGGUCAGUCAAAAAACAAGGAGUCCUAGAUGAAGUAAACUGAGAAAUCCGGUUCUGUAAUCACAGCUUCUGACUACUCUCAAUCCGUGCGUGUGUUUGUGUUACUUCAGACGCAGAUCAUGUACAAAUGGAUUGAACCUAAGAUCUGCCAGGAGGGAGUGGCCGGAGCUGAGUCACUGCCUCCAGGUGGAGAACGAGAGCCCUGCCCCCCUUGUAACCCCGGGUUUUACAACAAUGAUACAGCCACCUGCUCACCAUGCCCACCCGGGACCUAUUCUGAUGGGAUGAAACGUACUGACAUUCAUGUUUCCUCUGAAGUGCCAGUUGUCUUUCACUUUUGUAGUUUCCUGUGUGUUUGUCUAACCGUUAUUUUUACUACACCUUGCAGCGUGUACGCGGUGUCCCGCAGGCACGGAGCCCAUCCUGGGUUAUGAGUAUAAAUGGUGGAAUAUCCUUCCUGCAAACAUGAAGACCUCCUGUUUUAAUGUGGGCAACUCCAAAUGUGACAGUAUGAACGGUGGGUUCUGUCGUUUUUCUCUCUCUGUUGUCCCUCUGAUGUUCUUGAAGUAAUGUGUCGGCAUUGUGGGGAAAAAAAACCUUAUUCCCUUUAUUUCUAAAUAUAAGAUUAAAGGUUGAUACUGCUCCCAGUACUCACAAUCAGCCCUGUAGAGAUGACUCUGAAGCCAGUGAUAGUUGGUUUAGCUUAGCACAAAGGCAUUAUUCAAAAAUAUGCUAGCUGGCAUAAAACUGUUUACUGGGAGUACUGAGAGUGGUAUUUAUCUUUGAAACUUUUCUCACGAGCAAGCAGGGAUAAAAGCAGUAUAUGAUGGCAAGCCAGUGUGACUUCACGAAAAAGCUGCCUUUGCAAUUUCAAAGGUCACUCUACAACAAGUCAUACCUCAAGCUGUUUCUUUGCUGGACACUUUGCUGAUAAGUUCUUGGUUGCUUGGCCAACCUCAUGGUGCAACAAUGCUUCAGAUUUUGAAAACAUCUUUCUUCUUUUUGUCUUUGUGCUAAGAUAAACUUACUGGCUGCUAAUUUAAGUUUUGUUCAACUCUAAGCAAGAACACAAGUUUUAGUCCAGAUGAGUCAGGCCAUUCCUUAAAGCUCCUAUGAGGAGUUUUUAACCCUGAUGAAAUGACUAAAAUUAAUAUUGAUACCUUUUUCCUGGUUUUCAAAAGCAGACAAGACCAAUAGCCAGAAGGUUUAGUAAUUUUCUAUCGUAAUUGUUCUCUGCCUGGAGCUGGUGCGAGGGAGUAGGUGUCACCCAAGCAGCUGAAGUUUUUAUAUUUGACAUUUUUCACAUUUAACAUCCACAUUAAAUAAUAAAUUGUACAUUGAAAAGUCCGAGUGAUGAGAUUUUUUUUGUCAGAAAAUGCUAUUUCAGCAUAUUUAGGGCAAGAUAAGCAAAGAGUGCUUUGUCUACAGGGGGCGCCAAAGUUGACAUUAACUAAAAGUUCCUCACAGGAGGUUUAAAAAAUGUGGAGUAAGUGGAUUUAGUCAUUGUUAACUGAAUGUCUGUGUUUCUAAAUAUGUGGAUUUCUGUCCUGUCCUUAAGGCUGGGAGGUGGCAGGUGAUCAUAUCCAAAGUGGAGCAGGAAGCUCAGACAAUGAUUACCUCAUCCUCAACAUCCAUGUUCCUGGAUUCAAGUAAAAAUUCAUGUUUUUGAUACUUGUACCUUCAAAUUUAGUCUGUGUUUCUGUUUUAUAAAAACUAACUCUGUCCUCAGGCUCCCCAUGUCUGUGUCCAGCCAGUCCGGGACAGAAUUCGGUCGCAUCACUUUUGAGUUUGAAACUGUUUGCAAAGCAGACUGCGAGCUCUACUUUAUGAUGGUGAGAGCAGCUCUGACUAAUGUAUUCAGCUCAGUACAGUAUUCAUGUUAGAGGUGAAUGAAAUGACCGUGUGUGGUUUUUAGGACGUAAACAGGAAGAGCACGACAGUGGUCGAGUCCUGGGAGAGAACAAAUACAAGACAGACGUUCACACACGUCAUGACGAAGAACGCAUCGGUUUCUUACACAUGGGCUUUCCAGAGAACUAACCAACCUUCAGAGGUAAGAGCUGUUUAACUUUAUGUCACAUUUUUUAACAGCUGGGCAGAAUAUUUCAGUUUAUCACCAGAUUUAUAGGUCUUAUUUCAAUUUGUAUCAAUAUUUGCUAUAACUAACAUUUCUGUUGGGCUUGUAAAUCUGCUCCACACUCAGUACACCGAUCACUCCCUCCCGUUGUGUAUUGAAGGCAGUGUCUGAGGCGCCGUUAGAGUUAAAACCAAACCACAAAUCAAACAGACCACCUCAUCAGUGUGCUCACUUCACACUGGAGUUAACAUUGUUAACAGAUCCCCCUGUCCAAAUGCCUUCUACUUUAUUGGCAGAAGAGGCGGUGAAACCAGAAUCAGUCACUUGAUAAACCUGACUGCAGGAAUUCUGCAGUUUUAAAGGAGGGCAGUCCUGCAUCUUGUACACUUAUACUGAAUGUAUCAUCAAGUCAUAUGUAAGAGUAGUGUUUAAGCCUUAGUAAGAAGCUGAUAUACUUUUACAUAAGCGUCUGUAAACGCACAGCAGCUCAACAUUUCUGCAGCUCACACUCAACCCUUUUUGUCUUUCUGCUCAUCAGGUCCGCAGAAAUCUCAAUGAUGUGGCGCGGAUCUACUCCAUCACUGUGACUAAUGCUGUCGACGGAGUGUCUUCUGGCUGCCGGGCCUGUGCCCUCAGCACCCAACCCUCCAGCUCGGCGUGUGUGCCGUGCCCACCUGGGCAUUACAUAGACACAAGCACCAGCAAGUGCACUGAGUGUCCACGUAACACGCACCUCAUAUCUCACGCUACACCAGGUCCGGAUGCAUGCAAGCCUUGUGGACCAGCCAGCAAGAGUGAUAAGGUUUGCUGAACUCUAGCUUUUAUGGUUUUUAUGAAGCUUUUGAUGACUUUAUUAAUACACCAGUUUUUUGCUGUUUUUUUUACAGGACCACAGGUUAUGUUACAGCGACUGUCACUUCACACACACAGAAGGAAAUGUCACUCUGACCUAUGACUUUAGCGGUCUUGGAUCUGUUGGAUCUCUGAUGAACGGUCCCAGCUUCACCUCCAAAGGAACCAAAUACUUCCACCACUUUAACAUCAGCCUGUGCGGGGGACCGGUGAGAAGAGCUGAACGCGAACUCAAACAUAUUCAAGAAAUGCUACCCUUUUUUGAACCUUGUGUGUUUGAAUGCAAUGCCCUCUUCCUUAUAUUAGGGUCAGCUUGCUGUAUGCACGGACAACGUAACUGACCUUUCUGUUGGUGACUCCCAAAGAGAGAAAGGCGAAGGAUCGAACGCUGUCAAGACCUUCAUCUGUCAAUCAACAAUAAUCCCCGCUAACGGACGAGGCUUCCACACAGCCCUCGCCUCGCAAUCAAUCAACCUGGCUGACAUGUUUCUUGGUUAGUCAUGUGUUCAGCAGUAGAGGCUGGAUUCAGUGGACUUUUAACCGCUUUCAUUGUCUGAGAAGAUGAAAUGUCAAGUUGAAUUAAUCAGGGGGAAAAGUUUCAAUACUUAAAUCGUAAACUGCGUCUACGUUUUUUGAUUAUUUCUUAUGAACAGGAGCAACGGUUGACAAUAUACUUGAUGGAAUAAGAGCAAGACCUGAGCUGUACCCCCAAACCUCCAAGAAGGUUCCUGAUGUCAACUUCUACUACAGGUACUUCCAUUACACAUGCUACUCGCUUUUUCUCUGAUAAGCUUUACCACAUCCGUCUUUUUUUAACCUUUAUUUUUUUGGUUUUGUUUUGUUUUUGCUCAGGUCCUUGGAAGCAACCUCAUCUUGUGAAUCAGGCCGGAGUGCGGUGGUGACUCUGCGCUGUAACCCAGAGAGGAACACUAAAGAAGAUCUCUCUGUUCCCAGGUACGACAUUCUUGUUAGUGCUCGUUGUUAAAGUUACAACCCCUGGCUGGGUCUUGAGUGUGAUGUGCUAAAGACAGCUUUUACUUUGCUGUUACAGUCAGUGCCCUGCGGGAACCUGUGACGGCUGCACCUUUCAUUUCUUAUGGGAAAGCUCUGGAGCAUGUCCCACUUGCACAGAAAGAGACUACCAUCAGAUAGAGGGAGCGUGCAAGGGAGGACAGCAGGUGAACACAGAUUUUUGUGGCUCUUGAGUAAAGCUUACUGGGUUUGGAGUGAAAUACUGUGGUGAGUUGCAGCUGGGAUAUUGUGUUGAUUUCUAAUAUUACAUAUCAUCUGUAUUUUAAGGACCUGCUGUAUGUGUGGACGGAGCCUAAGCUGUGCAUUGGAGGUGUAACACUGCCUGAAAAGAAGACGUUGCCGUGUGAAGGGAUGGAGUUCUGGGUUCGGCUUGGUGCAGGGCUUGGAGCCUUCACCGCGGUACUGCUUGUCUCCCUCACCUGCUACUUUUGGAAAAAGAACAAAAGGUGAAAUUUUUUCGACUCUUUUUUUUCUUCUUUCCUUUUAAGUUUUUGAUUUUGUUUUCUUAUUAUUGUGACAAUUUAUUCAUGUCAGACCAGGUUUUGUAAACUUCCAGUUUACUUUCAACAGUACACGUAAUUUUUUUUAAACCUUUCCCAGAACAAAAUAAAUUUGAUGCUCUUUCACAAAAUCGUAACACAUCAAAUAUCAUUGAUAUAAAGUAUAAAGAGUUUUGGACCCAUCACUGAUCCCUGGGGUACUCCACGGGGCAACCUUCCUAAACUCCUGACACAGCAUUAUUUAUUUCCACCCAAAUAAAAACAACUGAAUCGUAAUCGUAACUGAAUCUUCUGCAGUUUUUUUUUUUUUUUUAUGAAUGCCUGUGAUUUAUAGUAACGUAACCUUUCUGCAGGUUAAUACACAAACCAGUGAAGCACUCCUUAUUUUGGUUUACAUUUGCUAUUUUCGCCACCGUUUGCAUUACUGUUGCAAAUGGUGGUCCUGUUUCCCUAAAUCCAUGAUGCUUUUCACUCUAAUUUAUUUUGUCUAAGUGUUAAAAAAGUAGCUUUUCUAAAUUUUUGAAAAUUUAAGGAUUCUGGUCUGUAAUUUUCCAACUUUUAUGUUUGUCCUUGUGUUUAAUGUUAACUCUGUACCAUAAGGGAAAGUUCACUUUUAAAAGGAGGGUUUACAUGUAUAGGCCAUUGGUCUUACAAUUGACCCAAGGACCUCUUGGUUUGUCAUUAGAGUUUAUGGUGGUUGAUCUUUUGUUUUUCAGUUUUCUUACAAUUUCAGUUAUACUGGUUUUAUCUGUAUCGUUUCUUCAGUGUGACUUCUCCGUGCUGUUGUUUCUUUAUUUUUCUUUUCUUCCAAUUCAACUUGCCUUUCUUUUACUACUCCCUGGUUUCCAGAGAAGUACCUUCCUGUCGAUUUUUUUCAUCUGCACUCCUUCUUUGUCUUUUCAUGCCCACCUAACUAUUUCCCUUUAUUUCUCCUUCCUGUCCCUGAUCACCAGUUGUCUUUGAUUCUUCAUGAACUCCUGCCCUCGAAACUCUCUCUUGGGGGAUGUUUUCUGCUAAUCGUUUUUAUCGUUUAUUUGUGCAGAAACCAUUAUUCAUUUAAUAAGGAUUCUACUGCUGCUCUCUUCGCUAGGUUGGAGUACAAAUACUCUCGCUUGGUGAUGUCUGCCAAUAAGGAGUGUGAGAUGCCAGGGGCUGACAGCUGUGCUGUGAUGGAGGGGGAGAACGAGGGAGACAUGGAGGAUGAAGUCGUAUACACAAAACCGUCUUUGCUCGGAAAACUCAAAGCCAUAGCAUCUAAGGUGAGAGUUGCAGCUUAGGUGCUUGUGAAUCUCUCAGUGUAGCAAAAGUUUUUGAUUGUAAUAAAAGUGUUUGUCUUUCAUUUUUAGAAAAACGGUGAGAACUUUGAACAUGUGCAGCUUAACUCAUCACAUUCAAAAGCAUUGGUUUGGAGCUAGAAAGGCAGGAAGAAGAUGAGAGGGGAGAGAUGAAACCUUCAACCAAACAACCCAUUUAGCUGACCACCACCACCACCUCCAAGAUCUUUGGUUCCUGGAUUUGUGUGUACAUACACACAAACAUCGAGCACCUUGAGCCAGGUUCAGAGGAGUCACACCAACAUGGUGGCCUUAAAGCUCGGUACGACAGAUUCAUCCCACCUGAAGCAGAGUACUGUGCUUCUGGUGUGUAUGAAGGACACUUCCUGGAAAUACUCUAAUAAAAACUAAUGUCGGAAAGGCUGUUAGAAAAGCUCAGGGUAAGACAAGGACCUAUUUGAUUGAUGUUUUGUUUGUUUCUGUUACUUCACUCUACGUAGUGUCUGAAAUGUCUUUGAAAAAGCUGUGGUGUCAUCACCAGACUGAAUAUACGUCUAUUUUCCAAAGAUGUUUACACAGAAUGCUCUGCUCUAGCCAUAUGAAACCGCUAUCUUCUCUUCUGUCCGUUCUGCUGCUGAUAAAUUCAAAAUGAGGAUGUCAUGGGAAAUGACAGAAGAUUGUGACUGUCUGUGUACGUCAAAUAAAAUAUGGUGUAUUUAUGUAAAAUUGGUCCAAGUUUGGUCGAUUAACUUGAUAACUGACAGCUUUCAGAACCAGCAUAGAACUAGAG